AUGACUCCCAGGGCGCGGGCUGCCUACGACUGGCUCAUGGUGCACAUUCGCACCUAUCGUCGGCACGCGAUGCAGCAGAAGCGCAUGCUGUCCUACCCGGGGGAUGAGCGGGAGAUGUUCAUCGCGACCUACCGGCUGCUCCUGCAGAGCCGGGGCAUCGAGGUUGCGCUCUUCCCCGUGCUCUUUUGGGAGGUCUAUUCCGACAGCGACGUGCGGGGCUGGGCCGGGGACCGCAAGCUGAUGAAGAGCUCUCAGCUCCCGUCUAUGAAGAAGGCGUUCCUGCGCAAGCGCGCCGAGAACAUCUAUCACCUUGGCUGUAUCCGUCGCACCGAUUGGCUGCCUGUCAGCAUGAAGCGCGAUGAUCCCGAGGAGCAGACUAGCCGGACGGCUCAGAGCGAGUCCGACGACGAGUACGGCCCUCGACUGCGGGAGAUGGACACGGAGUCCGACUCUGAGGCCGGUUCUUCUGAUGUCUGUUCCGAUUGCGGCGAGGUGGACGAGAACCAGCGCGCCGCCAUGUUCGAGGAGCUGGCUGCGAGUCCGGGCUCGUCUGAUCUGUCCGCGUUCGCACCUAUAGGCGUAGCUAAUCUCAUUUAA